AUGAAUGAAUUAACUGAUGAAACGGGAAGCAAAGCAGGGAAGCGUAUGGUUCUGAGUCCUAAAGAUGAAACCAACUCUUCGGAUCCUCGUGUAGGUUAUGAUGGAGCAAUUGGCAUUGUUGUGUCACCACCAGAGACAAGGAAAUCCCGUGAUAAUGAGCUUGAUGUAUAUGGAAACAAUGCAGAGAAAAUGACUUUGAUCGAUGAUGGCAGUAAGGAGGCAGAGUGUUGUCUCCAUGAAGAUGUUGCCAUAGCUGAAGAAAAGGCGAGCUCAGAUGAGAAAGAAGAUGAUGAUGGCUUGAUGGUCGAGAAAAGGCUUGCAGUAGAUGAGCAAGCAUCAAAGGAAGACAACAAUGAAUCUAGCCCUUGUCAAAACCUUGCUGUGGGAGAUGGAACUCAGGGACAGAAUUGUUCAGUUCAUGAUGAUGGACUCGGAAAUGAAGAAAUUAUGAAAUCAAAUGAGCAGUUGGAGGAUUCAGAAAAGAGAAACGAUGAUUUUGGUGAAGGUGAUGCUGCUGGUGAUGAUGACUCAUACGAGAAGAAUCUCCACCAGCUGAAGGUGCUUACAUCGUCCAUACAAGAGAGUGUUAGUAGGGCAUUAAGAAAUGUGGCAUGGUUGAAAGCAAGGAAAGCCAUGAAACAGACUACAAUGGAAGCAGCUCGUUUAAGCAAAUAA